AUGCAAGAAGUUAUUCAUAGCACGGAUGUCGGAACGGUCAAAUGCUUUCUUCAUCCUGAAAAUGUUGUUUCUUUUGGGGAGCGCUACGCUCCCACACUCAAAGCUGCAGGCUCAAAGGUCCGAUACAAACCUCUAUUCAUGCCGCCGCCGCCGCCGCCGCCUCCUCCUCCACAAUGGAUGGGGAUGUCAAGACCCAAGAAAGUCUCCUUACCUUCGUGA